AAGAAUUUAGCAGUCUUUCAGAAACUGUGAGAGUGUAAAAAAUAAUAUGGAUAUAAACAAACGAUCGAACGGUAAAAAUUCUACAAUGACUGGUGAAACAAAUGGCAACCAUGUUACCAUACCAAAGUGGAUAGAAGCUAAACUAUUUGAAAAACUAUUAGAAGAAAAUAUUGAAAAUUAUAAGAGUAUCAAAGAAUUUACUGUUAAACCCGGCAUAGCUGCAGGUGAAAAUUAUGCUACAAUUUUGUUAAAAGUGGAAAUUGAAAUUGAAUUAAAAGAUUUAACAACAAAAUGUGUUAGUUUUAUGCUAAAAGUUAAUCAUGACAAUGAACAAUUACGUGAAAUGAUGAAAGGUCAUGAUGUAUUCGAUAUUGAAAAGAGCAUGUAUGAUGAAUUGGUUCCAGCAUUUGAGAAACUUUACGCUGAUGUUGGGAUAAACAUAAAUUUUGGUGCCAAAUCGUUUAGUUUACCCACUAAAGAAGAGUAUAUCUUAUUGGAAAACUUAUGUGUACGUGGUUUUAAGAAUGCUAAACGUUUGGAGGGUCUUGAUAUGAAACAUACAAAAUGUGUUUUAAAAAAAUUAGCUCAAUGGCAUGCUGCUUCAGCAAAACUAGUAGAAGUAAACGGAUCAUUUGAAGAGAAAUUUCUACAGGGCUAUUUUCAUGAAGAAGGUAAAGAUCAGAUGAAGACUAUAUUUGAGGGAAUGGGACAAAUUUUCAUUAGUUAUGCUAAAAAUUAUAAUAAUUAUAAUGAAUAUGCGGAUGAUAUUGUGACACAAAAAAUGGUGGAUGAAUUAUUCAAAGUGGCUAAGCCCAAUCAAAAUGAAUUUAAUGUUCUUAAUCAUGGUGAUUGUUGGUCCAAUAAUGUCAUGUUCCAGUAUAAUGCAUCUGGUGAAAUUGAAGAAACUUAUUUAAUAGAUUACCAAAUGAUUAAAUAUGGUACACCUGCUCAAGAUCUCUUCUAUUUCCUGCUAUCAUCGACCAAAUAUGAAAUCAAACUAAAACAAUUUGAUUAUUUCAUAAAAUUCUAUCAUGAUAAUUUGAUAGAAAAUCUUAAAUUGUUGAGAUACAACAAGAAGAUUCCUUCAUUAAAAGAAUUGCACGGCAUGAUGUUUAAAUAUGGUGUUUGGGGCUAUACAACAUUAACUGGCGUUAUGGGAGCCGUACUUUUAGAUCCUACAAAUACAGCCAAUUUGGAGAAUUUUGUUGGCGAUUCAGACGCGGGUUUGGCAUUUAAAAAGUUAAUGUCUUCGAAUGAUCGUUAUCGAAGACAUGCCGAAGCCAUGUUACCUUGGCUAAAAAAUCGUGCUGUUUUUUGUUGA